CAGGCUGGCUGGGAGAGCAGUCUGCUGGAUACUGGAGUGGAGGAGAGAGAAAGAGAGAGGAAGGGAGGCGUUAAAUCUCUGCGGUGCAGAGCUGGAAAAAGCUGCUUCUCAGCGAAAAUCAGACGCCCUAUUUAAUCUGCCGACUUGCUCCUUUUAUUUUCCUGGAGAAAAAGAGGACUUACCAACAAGUUGCAACGAGGACUGGUGCCCGUCGCUGCGAGCUAACUUGGUGUUUCAUGCUACAGCAAGUCAGUGCACAGCGCUGGAUGAGCCAAAAGAACUAUUGCAUGAAACAAGAAAGGAGAGAAGAGAGGCUGAUCCACAAGUCCGUUUUGGCGACGCUUGCAAGCUCAUUUGCAUACCUGCGAAAGAGUCGCGACGGCAGCAUGAGUGCAGAGCUGAGCAUGGGCCCGGAGAUACCCAGCAGCCCUCUGGCUCUGGAAUAUGUCAAUGAUUUUGACCUGAUGAAGUUUGACGUCAAGAAGGAGGGUUUGGCCGGGCUGGAGCGCGGAGGAGUGCGUCAGUGUAACCGCCUCCAACCACAGGGCUCGGUGUCCUCCACGCCGAUCAGCACACCCUGCAGCUCUGUGCCCUCUUCGCCCAGCUUUAGCCCUACCGAGCAAAAGAACCACCUGGAGGAGUUGUACUGGCUGCCCAGCGGCGGCUACCACCAGCAGAUGGACCCACAAACCCUCAGCCUGACCCCCGAGGACGCAGUGGAGGCCCUCAUUGGAGCCACGAACCACGGCCACCCUCCGCCUCCGCACGUCCAACAGCAGCUGCAGCAGCAAGGCGCCUUCGAGGGCUACAGGGGUCCGCAUCAUCACCACAGCCACCACGGCCACGGCCAGCAGCACCACCAUCCAUACGCGGGGGCCAUGGCACACCAUGCCGAGGAACUGUCAGCUCACGCGGGAGCACACAACCACCCACACAGCCAGCACCACCACCACAACAACAACCAGGACCCCGACAGCCCGUCCCCGGUGUCUCCAGAGGCCCACCAAACACUCCACCACCACCGCCACCAUCAUCACCACCACCACCCUCAUGGUCACCUGGGCCAGUCGGCGUCACACCACGGCUCAGCGGGCGGGCUCAGCGUGGAGGACCGCUUCUCGGACGAGCAGUUGGUCUCCAUGUCGGUGCGGGAGCUCAACAGACACCUGCGCGGCUUCACCAAGGACGAGGUGAUCCGCCUCAAGCAGAAGCGCAGGACCCUGAAGAACCGUGGCUACGCGCAGUCGUGCAGGUUCAAGCGGGUGCAGCAGAAGCACGUGCUGGAGAACGAGAAGACGCAGCUGAUGAACCAGGUGGAGCAGCUCAAGGCGGAGAUCAGCCGCCUGGCCAGGGAGAGGGACGCCUACAAACUCAAGUGCGAGAAACUGGCAGGCUCGGGGCCCACCGGUGGUUUCCGUGAAGCGGGCUCGACCAGCGACAACCCCUCAUCACCAGAGUUCUUCAUGUGAGUUGUUUUCUUGUGACGAUAAACGAGAGACACCAUCCACCUUGAACACACAUUGACUGAUUAUAUAGCAACAAUAAACACCCCCAUACUGUUUAUGAUAGGUAACGAUUAUAACCAUGUUAGAAGACCAGAUAGUAUCCAUAUGUAAUCAUUCCCAUUCAGGCAGCAUAUUUGUAGACUACUUGCUUGUAGAGAAGAGACUUUCUUUCCCCCCUCAAAGAGAAGCAUCGACUGAUGAACUUUGACCGUCCUUUGAGCAACUUUUACAUGUGGGGAUGGUGGCCACAUAAAAUAUCUUGUUAUGAAAUGAGGACAUUGUUGUGGAACAGCAAGGAGGCCUGACCUCUCCACUCUAGCGGGCCGUCUAGAAUCCUCUCCAGAAGAAAAAAAAAGCAAGACUCCACUUUAUGCAAACUAACCCUUCACAGGGGAGGGCAUUUUAUGCCAUAUCUCAUUGAUUUAUUGCCUGCUUGGUUAUAUUCGAAUAUAUAGAGAAACGAAAAAAAUCUGCAUUAAAUAUUAAUCCUGCAUGCUGGACAUGUAUGGUAAUAAUUUCUAUUUUGUACGUUCAUCAUCUCGUGUAUAAUAAGAGCAUGUUGUUGAUCUGCGCUUCGCCAUAGUUUUUUUUUGUGGGGGGGGGAGGUUGAAGAAAUGCAGCGGGGACAGAACAGCAGGACUGCCUGUGCAGCAUCAUAUAGCAUCAUAUGCUGGGGGGAGGGGGCGUUAUUUGGGCUUGUAAAUAUUAUGCAACCGCAAAACUGCACAAGAUUGAGGAGGCUGGUUUGAACUUCUGUCUUUCUUUGUGUUGCGUUUCUUAUGUAUUUUUACGUUCUGUUAUAGUUGCUCCUUGGCAGGAUUGACUGAAAGAGCAGUGCAUCUUAUUUCCAGUUUUACAGUUGCAUUUAAAUUCAUCAAACUUUGUGUGUCAAGUGCACUUUUGGAUGAUGAUUUUUUUUAUGUUUUCACGUUGACAUUUGCACAACCCCCCUCCAGGAAGACAUGCUUAGAUGCUUUAAUGAUGUUGAAGGUUCACAAAGUGCAAAGAUUAACAUUUGGCGGGAGGUGAUGAAGCAUGUGGCCGCUCCAUUUUUUUGGAUCCACAUUAAACAAAUCACAUUUGUAAGUUUUCUGCAUCAACUUUAACAAUCGGGUGAAAACACAGGGAAAUACAUUUUAAUAUGAAAUUAAUGUGACUUUUUAUUUAUCCCAAUGCAAAAAAAAUCUUGGAUUUAAUGAAUUAAAAAGCCAAUAAUCACUUCGAUAUUCAGCCACCUGUAGAUGACCGAGUAGUGACUGAGGGUAUAUAUUAAAAAACGUGUUUUGUUUUUUGAAAGUGCAGCAAAUUCCCUGUUGGAGAAUGAUUAGACUGUGAUGCAAAGUUUGAAAUUACUGCUCAGUGUUUUCCUGAUUUUUUUUCUGCAGGUCAGUAAAAAAGGGGAUUCAGGUGGUGCAAAUGCUCAAAUUGAAAACCGUUUUUUAUGGUAUAUGUUUAUUUGUCUUUGUAUUAUUAUUAUUAUUUGAUAAUUCUGGUUCUGCUGGCCAGAUGCAUAGUUCAACAAAGUUUUUUAUUUUAAUGAUUUAAAUUAACAGACUGUCAGAUCAUAUCGAAUAAGCAUGGUGCUUGCAUUUUAAACUAUUGUUGAAACGUCAUGCAUUUUAACAAUCUUUCUUUUUUUUGAUUCAACUGUGUUGAAAUCGAACUGAAACUGCAGCAGCGGGUUGUUGUUUUGUUUUCUUCAUUUCCAUGUACUUUGUCAUGAUGGGGAUCAAUUUUCAAUCCUGUUUAUAUGAAUAAUAGUUAAACACUUAAAUUUGAACUGUUCCAUUCAGGCUGGUUUCUGUUUUGUCUUAUUUUUGGUUGUUUUUGGAAGAAAUUGUUUCCUAUUUUGCUUAUUAAAGUCAUUGAAAUGGCAA